GGCCGUACAAGGGCAUUUGGGGGCAAUAUAUCUGAAGUACCUUGUGUAGGCAGCUGUUCAUAAAUAUUUUUGCCUUUUUGAUGGUGGCUGAAGUAGUUCUGGUAGUUUCAGAUCCCUAAAAUAAGAUUGUCAUCACGUUUGGAUCAAAACUAUCAACUUUGGUGUUGACUGAGAUAUUAUUAUUACUAUUAUUAUCAUUACCAUUAUUCAAUAGCAGCAAAUGUUAUGAGAAAACUAUUUUGGGUAUUUUCGAGUUGCAGAUGUUCCUCAAUUGUAAGAAUAUUGUCUUUGAUUUGGCAGUUUUGCUUUGAUGUAUGCAUCCUCCUUGUUCACUGAUCAUGUUGCUCAGGCAAAUGAAAGUCUACAUCUCUUCCAGAGAUUCUCUAUUUAUUGUGAUUUGAUUGAUGCCCCUAAUGUUGUAUUCAAGAAUCUUGCUUUUUCUCUAGUGUAUGUUGAGGUCUACUGCUGUAUAAGCUGUCUUCAUCUGUAUUCUUUGUUGUGUAUGAGAUGUAAGCUAGGAUAUAUGAAAAAUCCAAAUCAUGUGACUGCAUCUAAACGGUGCAUUGUAUUCCUCACUUCUUCUGAGGCGUGGAUGUCUUCGUUGUUCAGUAACUAUGGUGUACCUCAAACAAUAUUCAAAGUCAUACGAAAUUCUAAUGAUAGACUGUACUUCCAGUUUGUGAAUAGAAAGCAUCACAUAGAUUCAUCUCCAUUGAAGACCGGUAUCAAGCCAGGUAGCUCGCUUCACCUCCUUCUCUUUCCUACGACGGUUAACUGGACUUGCCUAAAUGAACAUUCGAAGGAUAGAAAAUCAGUCAUGUUUGAGUCAACAGAUCAUCUCAUUUCCUUUUUGACUACCUCACAUGAGUUAAGUAGCAAUGUAAAAACUUCAACUAUAAAAACACACAGUAGUUGUUAUUUGAAAUGAUCCCGCGAGGCGGGAUCGUGGAUGCGC